UGAUUACCAUGGCAAAAGACGACGCUUUUAACGUGCUGACAGAAAUAACAGAUUAUAAGCAAGACGAGGAAGAAGCAGCUCGUCUUGCUUCUAAGGCCGAAAAAAAGAAACAAAAGAAAGAACUCAGUAAAGAAGAAAGAGAAGCACAACGCAAGAUCAACCGAGAAAAUAGAGAGAAAAAGAAACAAAAGAAAGAUAUCAACAAGAAACGAAAGCGAGGCGAAUUGUCUGAAGACGAAGAAGACGAAAACGAAGACGAAGAAAAACCUCAAGGAGAAAAAGAAGGCGAGAGUGAACCUGUGAGACCACCCAAGCCAGAAAAGAAAAAGAAAGAGAUCGAGUAUGGUGUUUGGGUUGGCAAUCUUGCUUACUCAACAACGUCCAAUGCCAUUAGAGAAUUCUUUAAAGAUUGUGGUGAAAUCACUCGCUUAAAAUGUCCCAAAGGCAAUGGAGCCAAAAACAACAACAAAGGUUUUGCCUAUGUUUUCUUUUCUACAGAAGAAGCAUCCACCAAGGCCAUUGCCUUGUCUGAACAAAAAUUAGACGGUCGUUCUUUAUUGAUUAAAGAUUCUGAAAACUUUGAGCGUGCAGAUGAUUCAAAACCACCUACAGAAGUUGAAAAGAAAGCCAUGAAAAAACAAAAGAACCCACCAUCACCUACACUUUUCCUUGGUAAUUUGAGCUUUGAUACCACCAAACAAUCUAUUCUCGAUCAGUUCUCUUGGGCAGGUGACAUUCGUAAAGUGCGUGUGGCUACAUUUGAAGAUUCUGGUAAAUGUAAAGGGUUUGCCUAUGUUGAUUAUCAUGAUGUGGAGUCUGCAACAAAAGCCAUUCGUGCACCUGAUAAACAUACAUUGGAUGGUCGUAAAGUGCGCGUGGAAUUUGCUAGUCCUGAAGCUCAUAUGAGAUCCAAGCCUUGGUUAAUGCGUAAAAUGAAAAAGGAUGAGGAUACACCACAACAAACAACAGAACAACCAGAGACUGAAGAGCCUCAGCCCAAAAGACGCAAACCCGCUUAUGAUGCAAGCAAUCCAAGAGAAAAGCGUCCCAAGAAGACACAGGAUGGUGGUCGUGUUAAGCCUGGAGAAGCAUUGUCUUCUGCACAAAGACAAAAACCCACUGUUCAGGAAUUCAAGGGUAGCAAAAUUGUAUUUGAUUAGACAUAAUAAAGUAUUUAUAUAAUUCACUGUAA